CGUGCUUGGAGCCUCUUGGAUAGUCGCCCACUUUCCCAUUCGUGCGCGCUAACUUCCCCUGGGGGGCUUUUUUCUUCCUUUUCAUUAUGCCUGUUGAGCUGGAUUUUUCUUAUCCUAUCUAAUAAUUGUUUCACCAUCACGCUCUUUUCGAAAGUUCUAAGCCCCCUUGGUGUUAAUAGUACUAUUCCCGCUUUUUCCUAUUGUUCCUCCUUUGACAUAUAGACACAUCACUUAACACCAACCAAUUAAGACAAAUUCUUCACCACACCACAAAUAUUCUUUAUAUGGGAAAUUGGUGAACUCGCAGAUUGACAUGCCGUCGUCGAAAGCAAGAGACAGUCCCUCUGUGGAGCGUCGCGACCGUCUUACUCUUGCGAAAUUGGCCAGCUAUGACGAUGUCGCGACGGAUGCGCUGGUUGACCGGGCCUAUUUCUGGACCAAUACCCGCAAAAAUCGAACGAAAUAUAUUCCCGUGAGAGGGAUACAUGAGGAUGAUGUCGCUCGUAUUCUCCUUCACGAUGUCAUUGUUGCCAAGGAUUCUGCGCAAGCGGAAAAGCAGUUGCUAGCAAUGUCCGGCAUGAAGAAGUACUUGGCUAAGCUUCCGAAUGACCGCGAAAAGGAAUGGUUUCGCCGGCACCUGCGCAAGUACAUACAAAUGUAUCUCCCUGACUCGCCCUUCGAAGUUACUACGACCAAUCGCUACACGAUUACCGAACAUGAGGCGGCAAUCUGUGCUAGAAAAUUCAUCAAACAAGGCCAGGAAAUCAAGUACCUUAGUGGGACGCUUGUCCCCAUGACCCGCGAAGAAGAGCAGGAAUUGGAUCUGAAGAGGAAGGAUUUCAGCAUUGUCAUGUCUAGUCGGAGAAAAACGCCGUCGUUUUUUCUCGGACCCGCUCGCUUUGCCAACCAUGACUGCAAUGCUAACGGCCGAUUGGUAACACGGGGAUCGGAGGGCAUGCAAGUUGUGGCUACUCGAGAUAUCUACAUAGGAGAAGAGAUCACUGUAUCAUAUGGCGACGAUUACUUCGGUAUCGACAACUGCGAGUGUCUUUGCCUAACAUGUGAACGGGCAGUCCGCAAUGGCUGGGCACCUCAUGUUGACUCCGAGGAAGGGUCAAGCAAGGCAUCUACUCCAGCUUUGAACGAUGAAGCGACAUCUAACGACAGUUUACUUUCACCCAGAAAGCGCAAGCAUCAUUUAGAUAGUGAUUCAGAUAUCUCUCCCUCAAGUACGCCUAGGAAGAGGAGUAAGUUUACACGCCAGAGCUCUAAAUUACGAUCAGCAGUAUCGCUUGCAGAUUUUGCUCCUUCUGUUGGUUCAGGGUCGGGUAAUCCAACACUCCAAGCAGAGACUUCAAUUCUGCCUGAAACCACGGGAGCCGCAAGUAUAACCAACGAUACUAUUCUACCUGCAAGCGGUUCUGCUGCGGAGGUCACUCAAGCGUGUACUACUGACUGUGAUUCACCUUCGCUCGAGGCCGACGAGUCGCAGCACUCGUCAACGUCAACCACACCGACAUCAAUCGGUGAUGUCAAGAUCAAGGUGGAGGAUACGGUGGAGGCUUCCCUUCCUGGGUCAGCCUCGACGACGGCGACCCAUCAGACACUUUCCGUCACAGGCCAGCCUCACAGCGAUAUACACCUACCGGGAACUAGCAACGACGUGUUGUCAGAAUUGUCCGAGUUAAUUGAGACUCCCCAGAAACCGAAAAGGUCGACGGGUUCUCGCUGGAAGCAUAGCGUUGUCCCAUCGGUGGAGGAAGAGUCGCACCGUGUUCGGGUCCCUGGUGACUACACGAAAACCUCCAAGUUGCUUGCGCAAGCCUACGAUCGAUGGGUAGACUGCCAUACUUGUAAUGUUUGGUUUGUGCAGCAGAAUUCAUAUCUUACUCGGCGAGAGUGUCCCCGCUGUGAGCGUCAUUCAAUGCUAUACGGUUUCCGCUGGCCAAAGACGGAUAAAGAGGGCCCAAUGGAUGACGAGGAGCGAGUGAUGGAUCAUCGGACUGUUCAUAGAUUCCUGUAUCCGGAGGAAGAAGCCCGCGUCUCUCGCAAAGAUCGUGGAGUCAGUUUUGGCGUCACUCCCACCCCGGAAUUAUCUGAACCACGAACGGAGACCGAAGACAGUGAAGCGUGCGAUGACCGGCGCAACACUAGAGCGAGCAGGAGACGGACUCAUUCACUUCGGAUGACUAUGUAACGAUGAUGAUGUGUAACCGAUUAAUAGGCAAUGGUUGGAUGCUGAGUAGGAGUUUCGGGUAACUCUUUAUUUGCAGUUGGCGUUUGAUUUAUACCUGGACACGGUGCGAUUAAUAGGGCUUGUUGGGACUGGUUAGAUGAUCCUUUUCUUUUUCUUUUUUCUUUUUCCCUUUGCCAGUUGCUUCUUCUGGUUAUGACGUAUAGACCUCUCUUAUCUUUUCAAAGUCCUUCGUUCAUUAAUUUUGUUAUGUUUGCUGAACAACAUCACGAUUUGGGGGGCAGCAACUUCUUGCAUAUCUUUAAUCGGGAUAUUUCAAGUCCCUUUGGUGUACAACAGACAUAUUAAGAUUCCACAAGAAAACACCGAGUUUACUUAAUUAGACAGAACAGGUGGAGGCUCC